CACUACCCAAGGAAUACCAGAAGAUAGGAAAAGCCUUGCAGAGCCUGGCACUGGUCUUCAGCACUAGUGGAUACCAAGGAGAAUCCGAUCUCAAUGGAGCAAUAACAGAAGCAGGAAAAACCUAUGAAGAAAUCGCCAGUCUCGUAGCAGACCAGCCCAAGAAAGAUCUUCACUUUUUGAUGGAAACAAAUCAUGAAUAUAAGGGAUUUCUUGGUUGCUUUCCUGACAUCAUAGGAGCUCAUAAGGGAGCAAUAGAAAGAGUGAAGGAAAGCGAUAAAUUAGUUGCAACCAGUAAAAUAACGCCACAAGACAAACAGAACAUGGUGAAACGUGUGAGCACCAUGGCUUAUGCACUACAAGCUGAGAUGAAUCACUUCCACAGUAACCGGAUUUAUGACUACAACAGUGUCAUUCGUCUGUAUCUGGAGCAGCAGGCACAGUUUUAUGAAACGAUUGCACAGAAGCUGAGGCAGGCACUCAGCCGCUUUCCUGUGAUGUAGACAGUAAGGAGCAGUCAACAAUAAAGAACAACUCCAAAGUGCUUUUCUGAUUUGGGGGCAAUGCCAAUAAAAACUUGUUAGCCUUUGCCAGCCAAAUAAAC